AAUCGAAUUCCGCUCAUCACCAUCAGCCGAGAGAAAGCGGUUCGCUGGAGUUUAGAGUUUUCAGAACUCAUCAAAAAUGGAUCAGUCGUCGGCGGUCGGGGCCACAACGAUUUCGUCCUCCUCGCUUUCGACCGCCUCCAACGUGCUGACACACGCGCCGGACGCAUCGCACAGCAGCGACAUGGAGUGCAUCAAGGAGAAUGUGAUCAUCGAUGAAAUAACUGAAGCCGAACCAACUUCCGUAACAUUGCGUUUCUGCAAACGUAAGUUCCUUCGGCCAUAUGUCAUCAUACUAGCCAUGGCUGGACUUCGACCGAAUUCCAGUGACGUAGAAUUUCUUGGACGUUGCGUUGGACAUCUACAAACUAUCCUGGUGCUGCUGUUUCUGUUCAUUGGCUACAUAUUACAAUUUAUGUGUGGUUUCAGACGAGACCGUGGGUUUAUAGGACCAAAUCAAUCUACACCGCUCUCGACCACACCAUCCGCAUUAUCGACAGCCACAUCGAUGUUCCCAGACACGGUGAAACUGUAUCCCAAAUGGACAUCCCCAGAUCAGACGAUAGACGAUUAUGAUGGAAACAACAACAUAACACUAAACACGCAUGAACCAGGACAUCUAGGACUGCUUGCUUCGGGUGAGGCCAUCUUCACCUAUCUCGUUCCUGCUUUGCUGCAUCUGAACGGAUACCUACUGGCGGUAUUCAUUUAUCGAUUCGCCGAUAACGAGCAGCUGCAGAGUCUCGUCGAAAGGGUCUUUAUCCUCAGCAGCAAUCCGCGUCGGUUGGUGUUGACACUUUGGCUGUACUUCGGACUGGGGAUGGUUUGGCUGGGCGUCUCCAUCGCCUACGUAACGCUGCUGGGUGUUGAUGGGAUCACCGUUUUCGAGCGAUUUUUAUCGUUCGGAUGGACCGGAGCGUUGACAGGGUGGACAGCCGAGGUGGUGCGAUCGUUGCUUAUAGUGAUGCUGUUUUUCCACGACCUCGUACAGAUGGUAGUGAUUGUGAGUUAUGGUUUAAUGUGUUACAUGUUGCGAUGUUAUCUGAAGGCGCUAAAGGAAAAGCUGCUGCUGCACACGAUCGAACCACUGAACUGGAUGCGGGAGAUCUGCGAAUUCCGGAAGCUGCUACACCAUCUGAACACGAAAAUAUCGCUUCCGGUCGCAAGCCUAACCGUGCUGAACCUCAGCUACGCCGUCUCGAGCGUGGCGCAUCUGUUCCACGAUAUGACGGCCUGUCCGAUUAACAUCUUCACCGCCAGCCUCGCCAACAUUCUGCUGUGGCUGGUCAUCGCGCUGAUGCCGUUCUUCCAGGCCGCCAGCCUAACCGUCACCUGCCGUCAAACGCAAUCCUGCGGCCAUCUGAUAAGCAUUCGCCCAUUCGUUCACCGUAACACGUCGUCCGAAGAUCUGAACACCGUACUGCUGUAUGCGUCCUCGCUAAAGAUGUCAGCCAAAUUGUUCCGGAUGCCCGUCAGCGCCCACUAUCUAUGCUUUCUUGUGCUCGUCUGCUUCAUCGGUGUGCUGACGUUCGGAAUGUGCCUCAACAUAUCGCUCGGCCGAUGGUAG